AUGUCUAAGAAACGCAAGUAUGAAGAAGAACACAGAGAAUUCAAAUUACAAUGGGAAGAAGAGUUCUUUUUCAUAGAACGAAACAGUAAACCAUUUUGUCUCAUCUGUCAAUCCCAACUAUCACAAUUUAAGUAUAGACAUACUAUGGAAAGGCGUAUUUCAAUGAUAAGUUCAGAUAUUUUCUCUAAUUUACAAAAUGAAAUUGCUAAUUGUUCUGCAUUAAGUUUAGCGUUAGAUGAAUCUACUGACAUUCAGGAUAAACCACAGUUAGCUAUUUUUGUACGUUAUGUGACGAUGAAUAUGGAAGUGAAAGAAGAAUUAUUAGAUCUUAUAGCUCUUAAAGAAACUACUAGAGGUUGUGAUAUUAAGGAUGCUCUUGACGUAGUACUUCGUAAAGCAGAAGUACCUAUUGCAAAAAUUGUUAGCGUCUCAACUGAUGGUGCACGUGCACCCAGUAUGACAGGUUGUAAAAAUGGAUUGAUAGGUAUUUUAAAAAGUGAUACUGAUUUCCCAGACUUUAUUCCAAUUCACUGCAUUAUUCAUAGAGAACACCUAACGGCUAAAUAUUUUAAAUAUGAACAUGUGAUGAGUGUUGUUCUUAAAAUUGUGAAUUACAUACGUUCAGGUUCAAAAAUACAUCGCCAAUUUAAAAACUUUGUUGAAAGUUUGGAGGAUGAUAUUCCAAAUGAUAUUCCGUGGUAUUGUUUAGUUCGAUGGUUAUCGACCCACAAUGGUUAA